GACUUCAAGGAAGAUGAUUUGGUCGAAAUAUCGGGCCGUCGAAUAAACUCCCCACCCUUAAACCUCUACGCGCGCUACAAGAAACAUGAAGAUAAACAUCGAGGUUCUACCAAGGGAGAAGUAGUACAUUCAUGUCAGAUGCACUCGAAACUGUUCAACACUGUCAAUUCUGUGCAUCGUGCAUACGAGACGACGAAAUUGUAUCGGGAACUGAAGAUGAGAGGCGCCAUUGUGGAUGAAAGCUUCAACCUCAAAUUGUUACCUCUGGAACAGUUGGUCGAAAAGGGUCACGGAGAGUGUGGAAUCUUAGCACUGAUCAGGGCACUUUUGGUUGUUUUGUGA